GGAGGCGGCGGCGGCAGUGGUGGCAGCGGCAUUGUGCGCGCGGCGCAGCCCGGCCCGGGAGGAGCAGGACGCGCUGGGGCCGCCUCCUCCCGCACGGACCGAUGAGCCAGCCGGGCGGCGCGGCGGCUCCGCAGGCUGACGGAGCCAGUGCAGCUGGAAGGAAAAGCACUGUUAGCAGGGAGCGCUUGAAGCGCAGUCAGAAGAACGCCAAGGUGGAGGGCCCGGAGCCAGUGCCUGCUGAGACCUCGGUGAGUGCCGAGCAGGGGACGAUGACGGAGGUGAAGGUGAAAACAGAACUACCAGACGACUACAUCCAGGAGGUCAUCUGGCAGGGCGAGGCCAAGGAGGAGAAGAAGGCAGCUGGCAAGGACGGAGCUGGUGAUGUGCCUGCCGAGAUCUGUGUGGUGAUUGGUGGUGUCCGCAACCAGCAGACCCUUGGGUCCUAUGAAUGCGGCAUCUGCGGCAAGAAGUACAAGUACUACAACUGCUUCCAGACCCACGUGCGGGCACACCGAGAUACCGAAGCCACCUCAGGGGAGGGCGCCUCCCAGAGCAACAAUUUCAGGUACACAUGUGACAUCUGUGGGAAGAAAUACAAAUACUACAGCUGCUUCCAGGAGCACCGAGACCUUCACGCCGUGGAUGUGUUCAGUGUGGAAGGGGCUCCCGAGAAUCGGGCAGACCCCUUUGACCAAGGUGUUGUGGCCUCAGAUGAGGUGAAGGAGGAGCCUCCGGAGCCUUUCCAGAAAAUUGGACCAAAAACCGGCAAUUACACGUGUGAGUUCUGUGGAAAGCAGUACAAGUACUAUACGCCCUACCAGGAGCACGUGGCCUUACAUGCCCCCAUCAGUACUGCCCCCGGGUGGGAGCCUCCAGAAGAUCCAGACACGGGUUCUGAGUGUUCCCAUCCAGAGGUCACCUCAUCUCCACGCUUUGUGGCGGCGAAGACCCAGACGAACCAGUCGGGGAAGAAAGCUCCAGCCUCCAUGGUCCGAUGCACCACCCUCUUACACCGCACCCCUCCAGCUACCCAAACUCAAACGUUUCGAACUCCAAACUCGGGAUCUCCAGCAAGCAAGGCAACUGCAGAAAGCACCUUCAGUCGGCGGGUAGAAGGCAAAGCACAGAACCACUUUGAAGAGACCAACAGCAGCUCACAGAAUUCCAGCGAACCCUACACAUGCGGUGCCUGCGGUAUCCAGUUCCAGUUCUACAGCAACCUGCUGGAGCACAUGCAGUCCCACGCAGCGGACAGUGAGAACAACAUGGCCUCCAGCCAGUCCCGAUCUCCACCUGCUGCGGUGGAGGAGAAGUGGAAGCCUCAGGCCCAGAGGAACAGUGCCAACCACACCACAACUAGUGGUUUGACACCCAACAGUGUAAUCCCUGAGAAGGAGCGGCAGAACAUUGCAGAACGGCUACUGCGGGUCAUGUGCACUGACCUGGGUGCGCUGAGCGUGGUCAGUGGGAAGGAGUUCCUCAAGUUGGCCCAAACCCUGGUAGACAGUGGCGCCCGCUAUGGAGCCUUCUCAGUCACCGAGAUCCUGGGCAACUUUAACACUCUAGCACUGAAGCACCUGCCACGCAUGUACAACCAGGUGAAGGUGAAGGUGACAUGCGCCCUGGGCAGCAAUGCCUGCCUGGGCAUUGGUGUCACAUGCCACUCCCAGAGUGUAGGCCCUGACUCCUGCUACAUCCUUACGGCCUACCAGGCUGAGGGCAACCACAUCAAGAGUUAUGUGCUAGGCGUGAAGGGUGCAGACAUUCGUGAUAGCGGUGACUUGGUGCAUCACUGGGUGCAGAACGUGCUGUCAGAGUUUGUGAUGUCAGAGAUCCGGACUGUGUAUGUAACGGAUUGCCGGGUGAGCACAUCUGCCUUCUCCAAGGCUGGCAUGUGCCUUCGCUGCUCAGCCUGUGCCUUGAACUCAGUGGUGCAGAGUGUGCUGAGCAAGCGGACACUGCAGGCCCGCAGCAUGCAUGAGGUCAUCGAGCUGCUCAAUGUGUGUGAGGACUUAGCAGGCUCCACGGGCCUGGCCAAGGAGACCUUUGGCUCUCUGGAGGAGACAUCACCCCCACCCUGCUGGAACUCAGUAACAGACUCACUGCUUCUGGUCCAUGAGCGCUAUGAGCAGAUCUGUGAGUUCUAUAGCCGUGCCAAGAAGAUGAACCUCAUCCAGAGCCUCAACAAGCACUUGUUGAGCAACCUGGCCGCCAUCCUGACACCUGUGAAGCAGGCAGUCAUCGAGCUCAGCAACGAGAGCCAGCCCACCUUGCAGCUGGUGCUGCCCACCUACGUCCGGCUGGAGAAGCUCUUCACAGCCAAAGCCAACGACGCAGGCACUGUCAGCAAGCUCUGCCAUCUCUUCCUAGAAGCUCUCAAGGAGAACUUCAAGGUGCACCCAGCCCACAAGGUGGCCAUGAUCCUGGAUCCCCAGCAGAAACUGCGGCCAGUGCCACCCUACCAGCACGAGGAGAUCAUCAGCAAGGUGUGUGAGCUCAUCAAUGAGGUGAAGGAGUCCUGGGCCGAGGAGGCCGACUUUGAGCCUGCCGCCAAGAAGGCGCGCUCAGCUGCAGGCGAACACCCCACAACUCAGGAGGAUGACCGGCUGGGCAAGAACGAAGUGUAUGACUACCUUCAGGAACCUCUCUUCCAGGCCACUCCUGAUCUCUUCCAGUACUGGUCAUGUGUGACCCAAAAGCACACGAAACUCGCCAAGCUUGCGUUCUGGCUCCUGGCUGUUCCUGCUGUGGGGGCUCGAAGCGGGUGUGUAAAUAUGUGUGAGCAAGCACUUCUGAUUAAAAGGAGGCGGCUGCUUAGUCCAGAAGACAUGAACAAGCUCAUGUUUUUGAAAUCUAACAUGCUUUAAGACUCGACUUUGGGGAAAACAAACAGACAAAAGAUGAAAAGAAAAACAUUAAGAAAACACACACAAUACUGUCACAAAGAAAUUUAAGUUCUAAACACUGUGGAACCUCAUUGUAAAUGCCCCUGGAAACUUAAGUGCUUUUUUUUUAGUGUAUGUGUGUGUGUGCGCGUGUGUGUGUGUGUGUGCACAUGUGUCCACACCCACACAUGUGACAUUGCAUGGGUAAAGGGUGUGGGGAGCUCAUGCUUCAGUGCACAGGCAGAGCACGCACACACACUCACACACACACACAAACCUGGUGUGUGUACACAUGCCUGUUCUCGGGCAUGUGUGCAUUGAGCUGGGUGUGUCAGGAAAGCCGAGAGACUGGGAAAGCGGAUGGUUUCACUUUCCUCGGGCAGGGGCUCAAAGGACUCCAUUUUCAGGUGUGCAGAGUGGGAGAAGCUGAGAUUGUGAAAUAUUCAGGCAGCUGAGUGGCUUGAAGUCCCCUCCCCAUCUCCAGCCCUUCCUUUGCGUUCCUCCGACCCCUGAACCCGUGGCCCCCUCCUCUGCCGCAGCUGCUCAUCAGAUGGACAGUUUCUGCACUGGACUUCAUUCCUUGUUUCACCUUCAGGGCAUUAAGCUGCUGUACCUGUGACCUCCCCCUGGGAUGUCUGGGGCAGCUGCCUUAGAUACACACUAUCUAUCUCCCCAAGUCAGGAAAGGAGACUUGAAAAAUAGAAAACUGAUGUUUUACUUUUUAAUAUAAGAGAGAGAGAAAAAAAAGACAUUUUUUUCCAGAGAUGUAUAGCUGACUCUACACACAAGGUUUUUUGUUUUUGUUUUUGUUUUUUCCUCCAAUGCAAUUUUUUAUCUCUCUGGGGAUUCAGUUUCUUUUCACCUUUGAUUUAGACUGCUGGGAGGCAA